AGAGCCCAGGCAACAGAGCUCCACGGCAACAGAGUGCCGUGUCUCCCCAAUGGAGCUGCCAUUGGGCGGACCAGCGCUCAGGCACUACACCCAGAGCCGACCGAGACCUCACCGACAAAAACUCAACUAUCGUCCCAGCAGACCCCAGGAGACAAUAAUUGAGAGUGAAAAUGAAGUCCUUGAGCUCAUCGGGCGUGUAGAUGAAGGAGUGGAGGAGUUCUUUACAAAGAGAGUUCUUCCUGCUGAUACAGAGCAAAAGCAAGAUGAGGAACCAGAGUCCAGUACCGUGGAUGAAGUGGUUCCUGCCACUUCUGUCCCUUGUCCACCUCCAACAAAAACACUCAGGAGGAAGCUUGGGGAUUUCUUUACCCUCCGAAAGCGACGAGGUCUGAAAUCAGAGACGGGCCACGAGGGCCGACCCAAAAAGGCCUCCAUCGCUGAUCUCAUUCGCCCUCUUCGGGAGGCGGCCAGAGCUGACAAAGAAAAAGAUAAGGACAGAGUCAAGGAACAUGACAAGGAGAACGAAAAGGAGAAAGAGAAAGAGCAGCCUAGUGGUGUUACCGGAGAGUCAACCGCACAGGAAACACCAGCCUCUGAUGCUCCGCCACUGAGGGGCGAAGUGGCGCCACCCCGCCGUGCUCUGAGGGAAGGGAAGUCCCAGUCUCUUAUUUUACUGUCUGGAUCAGCAGCAGGGACCGCCAAUGCCAGAAAGAAACAGUUUGAAGGCCAACAUAGCUUCGAACAGAAACUUCAUCUUAUGCUUCAGCGUAUUGGAGUUUCCAAAGCACAGCCAGAAGAGACACAGAAUCCAGAGAGUGAGAUGAAAAAGGCAGAAUCUGAAGGCACCAUUAUUGACAGUAAGGUUGAGCCAACCCCGACUUUCACAAAACACAGAACUAUGUCAGCAUCCUCAGAUACAAGGCGUCAAAUUCGACCAAGCGUGUCAGCACAUGAGUCAGCUGGAAAACCCGCUUUGCCUCCAAAGCCAGUCCUCAAGGCUGGUCCUGGCCCCGCAACAUCUGGCCGCAACACGCCUGAGAAUGAGUUGGUCCAAAUAGAGGAGGGGGAAACAAGCACACCCACUAAAGAAAAAAGUCCCACUGCUGCUCCAUCUGGCCCCGCUACUCCCGCUGUAAUGUCAAACGCCACUGCUGACUUGGCUGACGUUACUAUUUUCUCUUCUAGUACUGCAACCUCCGAGUCAGAUGUGCUUACUGUUAACACCACUGCAACACCCGCAAACGGUACAGAUCUAGAUGGCAAGCCUUCUGACACUGAAGCUCAGCCUAUUAGCACAGAACCACUCACCUCUAGUUCCUUGACAGCUCUUACCGAACCCCCCGCCCCUAUCCCUAAUAGUUCCUCUGAGUCUAUUGCUCCCAGCCCCUCUGCCACUUCAGACUCGACAACAGUAACUUCCAUUACCGCCUUGGAAACUGUGUCUUGUCAUCUCAGUGAAAAUGAAACAAAUAUCUCGGUUAAGAUGACAAGUCCAGUGUCAAAUGGCAUUGUUUCAGUUAAUGAAGUAGCCAUUUCUGUCAUUUCCACAGUAGAUGCGUCCACUCCAGCCUCUACCCAAUCUGCAGAUACCAAAUCACAGUCUGUUACCAGUUCAUUUACUGUAGCUAGUGACGAUUUCACUGCAGGCUCUUCGAUAGGCACUAAAAGCACAUCUGUGGCCCUGAGCUCAACUUCUCCUAAAUUUGAUACCUCCAUUACCACCUCCUCCACCCCUCCUCCUGCCAGCACCACCUCCAUUACAACCAUGACAUCUACUGACUGCAUGGACUCUUCCCCGUCCAUUGUUCCGUCAACCUCAUCCAGCGAAACCAACCUCGCCUACUCCAUCAUCUCUACCACCACCAAUAACGCUGCUUUAACAACUGCAGAUGCAAUUAGCUCCCCGCUCAUGACUGACCCACUUUGCUCGAAGACCAGCUCUACAUUCACAUCAGUUAUCACCUGCCUUCCUGUUUCUGAAGACUCCAGUGUUACCAGGCACAGUUUGAUCAGUCCAGCACUCGCCCAUGAUAGUCCAAGACAAGAUUUACAAAGAAAUCUUGACAAAAGAUCGAGUCCUACUGUAAAAGAUGCAGAUGUUGAACUAGGGGUGGUCCAAAAGAGCAAACAAGCUGAUGAAACUGAAAAAAAGAAAGUCGUGGAUGAUGGCAAAGAGAGUGAGCAUUGUAAGGAGAAAGCAGCUCAAGACAACAAUGAAGCAACAAAGAAAGAAGCCCAAGAAGGAAAUGUGAAAGCUGAAGACAUCCCAGUGGCAACCGAAGAGGGAGAGGCUGAACAUGCAUUGAAGAAUGAGCGGCCAAAUCAAGAAGAAACAAAAAAAUAAAAAUACAAAUAUGAUACAGUAUUGCUAAAUUUGGGACCAACUACUGUGACGUAGGCAGGUUAGGCCACAGUAAAAGGAAAUUAAAUGAUCCGUGGCACUUCCUAUACAGGGACCACCACAAUACAGCAGCACACCACAUACCCGAUUGAGCCACUGGACCAAAGAACUGAGAUCCAUGGUGUGAUGUAAUCAACAAUUCCAGCAGUGUCUUUUGUCUUUUUUUUUAACUUGUGUUUGAAUUUUGCAUUGCACGUAUGAUUAUGUACCAUAAGAAAAGUACUGUGUUUUAAAGACACCAUGUUUACAAUAGAUCGAUAAGAGAAAAUAGAUAUGACUAUUAAAUGGAAUAUUGAAUU